ACGCCAGCGCCGCCUCUGGCUUGCUGAGCUCCAGCCGAAGGAGAAGGGGGGUAAGUAAGGAGGUGUCCAUACCAUGGCUCGUACAAAGCAGACUGCUCGCAAAUCCACCGGUGGUAAAGCACCCAGGAAACAACUGGCUACAAAAGCCGCUCGCAAGAGUGCGCCCUCUACUGGAGGGGUGAAGAAACCUCAUCGUUACAGGCCUGGUACUGUGGUACUCCGUGAAAUCAGAUGCUAUCAGAAGUCCCCUGAACUUCUGAUCCGCAAGCUCCCCUUUCAGCGUCUGGUGCAAGAAAUUGCUCAGGACUUCAAAACAGAUCUGCGCUUCCAGAGUGCAACUAUUGGUGCUUUGCAGGAGGCAAGUGAGGCUUAUCUGGUUGGCCUUUUUGAAGAUACCAAUCUGUGUGCUAUCCAUGCCAAACCUGUAACAAUUAUGCCAAAAGAUAUCCAGCUAGCACUCCGCACACUCAGAGAACGUGCUUAA